AUGACGCAAUCUCUUAAAAUUUGGUCAAAAUUUUCAACGACCAAGGAAUCUGGUACAUUAAAUUUUCAAAUUGUUGAAGCACCAAAAGAUCGUAUUGAAGAUGUCGCAGAGUUGAUUGUUAAUCACUUUAUGACAGGUGAAGCAAUUUCAAAGGCAGCAGGAAUCUCAAAAAGCGACGAAUCAAUUGCAGAAUAUAAACAGCUUUUAUUAGAGCUUUUACAGGAUAAAGAUAAACAUAUAGUAAUAUGUUGUUUGGAUAAUGACAAUGGCACUGUAGGUGAAGUCAUUGGAGCAUCCUUAAUGAGAUUGAUAACGAAAGAUAAACCAGAGGAACUAAAGUUGCAGCUAAAAUCAAAGGAAUUACAAAAGUUAGUUGAUAUAUUAAAAGGAUUAGAAGAAAUGUAUGAUAUGAUAUCUGAACAGGGAGUUGAAAAAUUCUAUGACGACCGAGGCGUAGUAGUACACCCAAACUACAGAAGAUGCGGUAUAUGUUACGAGUUAGUUAAAACAAGACGACUCAUAUGUCAAGAACUUGGUGUGCCCUUAACAGCGGCAUUAAUGACAGCAUACGCUACCCAGAAGGCUGCUGAACGUGAUGGUUGGGAAACAGUGUCUGAGUACAAUUUCGAAAAAAUUGGCAAACUCUUUAAUGUUACCUUCGAUAAAAAUGAUCCUCCAAUAGCAAAAUUAAUGGUAGCAAGAGCAUAA